AUGGCUGAAAUCUUUGUAACAGUUCUCGCCUUUUCCAUCAUUGGCGUAACUUCCCUCAUCAUCGUGCUGGCUCUGCAGCUCGGCCUUGCACAAUGGGGUGCUUCUCGAGGCUCAACGCACCCGAUGCCCAAAAAAAGACAGGUUGAUGUGUUAAUGAUUUGGACAAUUAGCUGCCUCAUGUACCUCAACUUGAGUAACAUUGUUGGUGCUGCCAUUUGGAACGGACCUCUAUGGGCUUAUGUCUGGGAUGGAAAGGUAUACUGCGAUAUCGACAGUAGGCUUCAGCUGCUGGCUUCCUUUGGCUUUAUGUGUGGUAUCACAGCUAUUGCAAGAAACUUGUCUUUGCUAAUUCGAAGUCAAGGUCCACCUCUUUAUUUCCAAACAAGUAAGAAAAAAUGGAUUGAUCUCGCUAUUUGUGCAACUUUCCCCAUCCUUGUGGUUUCCCUCACAUAUCUCAUCCAGCCGCGCCGCUACGCAAUUGCCCAGAAUUUUGGGUGUGCUAUUGUUAUCGACACCACCUGGCCGUGCUUGCUUCUCAACAGUAUCUGGCUUCCUAUCUGGUCACUUGCUGCAGCAUAUUACGCUUUGAAAGGUGCUUAUGGCUGCUACCGCCGCAAAAAGGACUUUAGUGAUAUUCUCAUGUGUACUGGAAGUGGUCUCACUACUCUCCAGUUUAUGCGCCUUUUGAUUUUUGAUUUCAUUGUUAUUAGCGCCAUGCUCCCCAUUUCUCUCUACCUAGUCAUUGGGAGACUCUUGUAUGUACGCAUUACUGGUUACGAUUUCAAAGCUAUCCAUGCAAAUUUUAAUGAAAUCAUGUAUGUACCAUACGUAUCGGCCAACUACAUUGACCGCUGGAUGUUUGCAACUUUUGCCUAUGUUGCCUUUUUAAUCUUUGGUUUGGGCCAAGACGCACGUUCCGCAUACAUGCGCAUUCUUGAUGCUCUCAGAGUUGGAUGGAUUGUCCGCUGGAUCGGCGCUUCUAUCAAAAAGCUUUUCUUAAAGUACCUCAUCCCCAAGAGUCUCCAAGAACGUUGGGCCAAGCGCAAACAAGACAAGAUGCAACUUCGUCUCCCCACCUAUUUUACUAUGCGCCAAAGAAAAGAAGGCAAUGGCAGCUACGGGAAUGGAAGUACUGAUAUUAUUGGGAAAGAUUUUGAUGACAGCCAAGAUGAAUACUACAAGGAUUUAAGCACGAUUCAAGUCACAAGUCUUGAUGACGGCAUAGAUCUGGAGGCUUAUAACCAUCUCGGAGGUCCCAACCGUGGAAAAAGCCGUAACAGUAAUACAAGUAACAGCACAGAGUUCAUUGAUGAUUCUCAAAUUGCUGCAUAUUUUAACUAUAGCGAUGAAGAAGCUUUCAAAGCUGGUGUUUUGAAAAAUGGUGCAGUCACUCCCCAAGAGGUCCGGUACCACAUGGGAUUGCCUCGCCAUUUGCCCAAUGUUUCACCCACUUCCAACUUGUCUAUGUCUAACCAGGCUCAUACCGAAGAUGUCGUUUCUUAUGGAAAAGACCUUCGGUUUCCACAACACACUUUGCAACACAGCAACCACCCUCUGUAUUCCCCAGAUUCUGCUAUGACUAAAUUUGACGCUGAUGCGCAACAGCAUGCAAUUGCUGGUAAGACGCUCAGUGCAGAUGCAGCCCUUUUGAAUCAGCGGUUUCAAAACCUCAACAGCCUUGGUUACAACUUUUCCGAGGAACUGACGUCAGAUGACAUUUUUGGCACAGGCUCUGUUGCAGGAGGAUCUGCAGCCAAUUCCUUGGUUGCUCUCAAUCUCAAGCAUCAUAGUGAUAACGGUGCUAUUUAUGUGGGUCGCCAUGGUGAAAGUAGUGUUAUUGAAGAUAUUGAAAUGAAUCCUGUUGAGCGUCAAGAGGAAAGACAUCGUGCACAACUUAACGCAUUUUCUGAUUCAGAUGGUGGCGCCAUCUACUACUAUGGGGAUGCACUGGGCAAUCAAGACAAGUCUAGCGAAAAAGACACAGAAAAGGAAGAAGAAAAAAGCGAUAAUAAGAAAAGCGAGUCUUCCACAACUGUUAAGACAGUGUCAAGUAGUGACAAGUAA